AAAGGUCUUAGGAGGAUAACUUCCUUGGCUGGGUCCGAGAGAUUCUUCUUCGUCCUAUUUUAAAUCAAUUUCCUAUCAUUCUCGAGUCGCGGCACUUGUAUUGGCCUUCUACACCCUUUGGUUAUGAUAAUAUGUAGUAGCAACAUCAAGGAGUUAGAGCUGGAAGGUGGUGCCAUGGAGUGGAAUCUCAAUUCCAUAAGGAACUUAAGGGCAGAAGAAAGAAAGGCAGCAUUAAGAAGAAUCCCUGAGCAGUAUCUAUUGUCUGAAGUUCGUCGUAUGGUGGAGGAGAUGCAAACUCUAAAUAAGAAGCUUGAAGAAACGGAGGCUGCAAUUGAUGAGUACUUCAAACCAGUUGAGAAGGAAGCCAAGAUCUUAAUGGAGAUGCAGCUUCAAGGAGAGGAAAGGACUAUGAAGGAGAUGGUAGCUGCUAUGCAGGAACAGGCUUUAUUAGAGAAGUCUGAAGCAGAAAAACUAGCGAGUAUGAAAUGUGCAGACCCAAACAAAAAGUAGCAGGACUCGGCAUCCCCCACUAGUCAGCAUGCGCAGACGAGAUAACCACAUUAAAUGUUGGUUGGCGGCCAUAGUAAGUAGCAUUGAAUUUGUGAGAGUGUAUCUCUUUUUACAGCUUUGCAAGUGCUUACAAUCUUGAACCACGGUGCUCGGUUUGAGAAUUGAGGUUCAUAAUGGGAAUAAGGCAAGUUUGUACCAAAACGAUUCUAUGUGAUGGUCAAUUAUAAAUUUUCUGGCGGUCAUACAACUGGUUGUUGUGUGUUGUAAUCUAAGAAAGCGAUAUUGAUGUGAGGAAUGUUUUCAAUUAUCA